AUGGAGUGGCGUGGAGUGGAGUGGCGUGGAGUGGCGUGGAGUGGAGUGGAGUGGAGUGGGGUGGCGUGGAGUGGAGUGGAGUGGAGUGGCGUAGAGUGGAUGGAGUGCAGUGGGGUGGAAUGGAGCCGAGUAGAGUGGAGUGGAGUGGAGUGGAGUGGGGUGGAGUGGAGUGGAGUGGGGUGGAGUGGAGUGGAGUGGGGUGGAGUGGAGUGGAGUGGCGUGGAGUGCGGUGGAGUGGAGUGGAGUGGGGUGGAGUGGAAUGAGUGGAGUGGCGUCUAUGAAUAA